AUGUCCGGCGCAGCACAAGGAGGGAACGCAACCACGAAAGCCGUAGUUAGCGACUCCAAGAAUGGCGAGCAACCGCUGGCGCAAGACAAGAAGCCCGCCGCACAACUGGAAGAAGAUGAUGAGUUUGAGGAUUUCCCUGUAGAAGACUGGACAGAAGAAGAGACACAGAUUCCCGGUGGCAAUGCCCAUCUCUGGGAAGAGAGCUGGGAUGACGAUGACACGAACGAAGAUUUUGCAGUACAGCUGAGGGAGGAAUUGAAGAAGUUGGGGAAAUGA